GGACCACUUCCUCUCCCUCUGCCCCACCACGCUCACCGUUGACCUCCUCGAGGAGCGCCUCCUUGCAGCUGAGAAGAGUAUAGUCGUUGUAGGGGCCUCCUGUGGUGACCCUCGCGGCCCUUUCUUUGAGGGGUGCUCCCCCUCUCCCCUCUUGCCCUCUGUUGCCUCUGCUGCUGCUGUCGACCUCGUUGGCACCGAGUCGGUCGGCGCUGCGUCUGCUCCUAGUGGGAGGCGCCGCAACAGCAAGGGCAAGGGGGGCAAGGGGGGUGGAGGGGGCGGUGGGGGCGGCGGUGGUGGCGGUGGAGGAGGCGGAGGGGGUGGGGGUGGAGGUGGAGGUGGGAGUGGUGGCUCGGGUGGGGGCUUCGGUGGCGGCGGUGGAGGUGGAGGCGGCGGAGGCAGCGGGAGUGGGGGUGGAGGUGGCGGCGGCGGAGGCGGAGGUGGGGGUGGCGGGGGCGGUCGUGGGCAGCGGGGAGGUGCUAGCGGUGACCAGCGCCAGCAGCAGCAGUGCUCCCGUGAGACCCCGUCGCCUCAGCUGCUCCGUGAGUGUUACGCUGGGCGUGGGAGGUCUGGGGGUGCUGGUCCCUGCACUUACGUUCUUCGCAUCGGCGACCGCAGUGGAGAGACGUGCGGCGGCCCACACACCACACCUCGCUGCUUCGGCCGCCUGACUGACGCCUGGCGUACAGAGUUCCCUGGCUCUGCUGAGAUCCCUCGCAGGGAUAUUCUGCUUAAGUCGGGGGUUGCUAUCUUUGAUCUUGACUAUGAUGCUAUCCUUGCUGCUAUUUAUGCUGUGUCUAUUAGUGCUGAGGGUGACUGUUACCUGUGUGUUCCGCCCGACCCGGGCAUUGAGGCUGCUGCUCUAGGUGCUAGUGAGUCUACUGCUCCAGGUGCUGGUGAGACUGCUCUCUCAGGUACCGCAUCGUCUCAAGUCUUACACACUUUCACCCUUGACUCGGGUGCUUCCCGCUCCUUCUUUUGCGACUGCACUACACUCACGCCACUCAGUCGGCCUGUGGCAGUCUCUCUGGCUGACCCCUCUGGGGGACCAGUUGUGGCCCGUUCCUCCACUGUUCUCCCGUGUCCUGUGGCUCCGUCCGGCUCGCUGUCUGGUCUUCACCUCCCCUCGUUCUCUACGAACUUGGUGGCGGGUGCUGAUUUUCAGGAUGGGGGUGUUCACCAGUUCACCCCUGCCUAUCAACGUGUGACGCACUGCACGUGUGCUCGGACGGGUCGUCACCUGGCCACGUUCACCCGUCGGCCAGGGUCCAGCCUGUACACCCUUACCACUGAGUCUCCUCCUGUCACUGCGCCUAUUCAGGUAGCCGCGUCGGGUCAGGUGUUUGCUGCAGCGUCCCGGUCUGGCCCUGAGUCUGCCCCCUGCUCGUGUCGCCUCCUGUCUCACGAGACCCUCCUCUGGCACCACCGCCUUGGUCACCCCUCCCUGCCUCGUCUCAGAGGCAUGGCCUCCCGUGUCCUUGUCUCUGGUCUCCCCCCUUCCCUUCCUCCCCUUCCUCCGGGGCCUGCCCCUACCUGCGUUCCCUGCGUCGAGGGCCGGCAGCGCGCCGCUCCUCACUCCUCCGAGUUUCCUCCGACAGAGGCUCCCCUGCAGACUCUUCACAUGGACGUGUGGGGCCCAGCCCGCGUCCGUGGACAGGGUCACGAGCGCUACUUCCUACUGGUUGUUGACGACUACUCGCAUUACACCACAGUCUUCCCCUUGCGCCGGAAGGGAGAGGUCACUGAGGUGUUGAUCAAAUGGAUCCGCGCUGCUCGUCUCCAGCUCAGAGAGAGUUUCGGCUCGGACUUUCCUGUUCUGCGUCUGCACUCAGACAGAGGUGGAGAGUUUUCCUCCGACCUUCUGCAGGCCUACUGUCGGGCGGAGGGCAUCCGCCAGACGUUCACGCUUCCGGCCUCUCCACAGCAAAAUGGGAUUGCUGAGCGCCGCAUUGGCAUGGUCAUGGAUGUCGCUCGUACGUCCAUGAUCCAUGCGGCUGCUCCCCAUUUUCUGUGGCCGUUCGCGGUUCAGUACGCGGCGCAUCAGAUCAACCUCCAGCCCCGGGUCUCCAUGCCGGAGACCACUCCCACUCUGCGGUGGACAGGGAAGGUUGGCGAUGCGUCUGCGUUCCGUGUCUGGGGAUCUCGAGCUUUCGUCCGCGACUUGUCUGCGAACAAGCUGUCCUCCCGUGCCGACGUCACGUUUGACGAGUCGGUUCCUUACUACCGUCUCUUCCCCUACCGCACUGCCCCCCUCCCCCCCCCGCCGCUCUUCCUCGCGCCAGGUCCUCCCCAGUUAGACCCCCUCCCCCCUCAGGGUCCUGCCCCCUCAGGUGUGUCCCAGGUAGACGCAGUCGAGCCUGUCGAGGUAGCUGUUGACUCUGUUGACUCUGAGCCUGCGGAUGCUGGGUCUGGGGUUGCUGAGCCUGAGCGUGCGGAGCCUGGGGGUGCGGAGUCUGGGGGUGCUGAGCCUGGGGGUGCUGAGCCUGGGGGUGCUGAGCCUGGGGUUGCUGAGUCUGGGGGUACUGAGACUGGAGGUCCUCCGAGUGUCCCGUUGCGGCGGGAGCCCCUCUCUCCACGGCAGCUUUGUGAGUGGUACGCUCGGCGCUGUAGCCGUGUUGCUGGAGCUGGGGGGCCUACUGCUGGAGGUGCUGCUGGUGCUGGAGGUGCUGGAGGUGCUGCUGAUACUGGAGGUGCUGUUGGUGCUGGUGCUGCUGGAGGUGCUGCUGGUGCUGGAGCUGCUGGAGGUGCUGCUGGUGUUGGAGGUGCUGCUGGUGCUGGUGCUGCUGGAGGUGCUGCUGGUGCUGGAGCUGCUGGAGGUGCUGCUGGUGCUGGAGCCGCUGGUCCUGGAGGUGCUCGUACUGGAGGUACUGGAGCUACUGGGACUGGAGCUGCUGCGGGAGUUGGAGCUGGAGGUGCUGGAGCUGCUGGUGGUGCUGCGGGAGUUGUAGCUGGAGACCCUGGAGCUGAGGGUGCUGGUGCUGUCUCUGCUGGUUCAGGAGGUGCUGCGCGGCCGCGGCCGUACUACGUUCCACUCCUUCAGCAGGUUCUUGGCCUCCCGCCUUCUACUGGUCCUACUCCUCCCCUACUCUGUCCACCGCCUGUCCAGUCGCAGUCACAGUUACAGCCAGCCUCUCCGCUGCCUGGUCCUUCUCCUUACGCUGGACCGACUAGAGGUCUUACGGAGCGUCGUGAGCCUGAGUCUCGUCCUGCGUCGCCUGAGUCUCGUCCAGAGUCGCCUGUCCGCGCUGUCCGCACUGGUCGCCGUGUUCCGCGUGAGCGUCCUCCUCCUGUCCCUGGCACUCACUAUAUGACGCUGCGUCCUUCCACUGCUCCACGGCGUGUCCCUCUGCCGUCUCCUCCUGCGUCCUCUCUUCCUGACGGUCCGGACCCGGAGUCUGACUCCCUUCGUGCUGCCAGUCCUACUGUAACACGUGCUGUCACUGACCCUUCCUUUGAGUCCACUACUGCGUCUGCUCUAGUUGCUGAGCUUGUUGUCUUUGCUGCCGCCUGUCGUCUCGACUACGCCGCUAGCCUUGUUGCUGAGUCUGAGUCUGUCUGUCCUCCGUCCGUCGGGGGUGAGUGUGCUCUUGGCACAGAUGUCCUUGAGGACAGACAGGAGGAGUUUGAGUGCUUUGCCGUUGCUUUAUCUCAUCUUGUGUCCAUGCUGAUUGCCCCUGAGGGAGACCCGGAUGCACCAGACAUCCCGACCCCGCGCUCUUACGCAGAGGCGAUAGAGGGUCCCUACUCCUCUCAUUGGCAGUCAGCCAUGGACGCAGAGAUGGCUUCGUGGAAGUCCACAGGCACCUACGUCGACGAGGUUCCCCCACCUGGGGCGAACAUCGUCAGUGGCAUGUGGAUUUCCAGGGUGAAGCGGCCGCUGGGUUCUCCGCCUGUCUUCAAGGCGCGUUACGUUGCACGAAGCUUUAGUCACUGUGAGGGAGUUGACUUCUUCCAUACCUUCUCCCCUACCCCGAAAAAGACCACUCUCCGGGUUCUGCUGCACGUCGCCGCUCAGCGCGACUACGAGCUCCACUCUCUUGACUUCAGCACUGCUUUCCUACAGGGCAGCCUGCACGAGGAGAUCUGGCUGGGUCGCCCACCUGGCUUCACUGGGUCGUUUCCUCCUGGUACCCAGUGGAGCCUCCGGCGGCCAGUCUACGGUCUCCGCCAGGCACCCCGUGAGUGGCACGACACACUGAGGAUGACUCUUGCUGCUCUUGGGUUUGCUCCUUCUACUGCUGACCCGUCGCUGUUUCUACGCACCGACACCACUCUGCCGCCGUUCUACGUUCUCGUGUAUGUAGACGACCUGGUCUUUGCUACUGCUGACACUGAGGCACUCGCCCACGUGAAGUCGGAGCUGCAGAAUAGGCACACGUGCACAGACCUGGGUGAGCUGACAAGCUAUCUUGGCUUGCGGAUCACCCGGGACAGAGCACAGCGCACCAUUACCUUGACUCAGUUACACAUGGUGCAGCAGGUCCUUCAGCGCUUCCGCUUCACGUACUCCUCGCCACAGUCCACUCCUCUGCCUACCGGUCACUCACUCUCAGCUCCACCUUCGGACGAGUCCGUAGAGCCGAGUGGCCCGUAUCCAGAGCUUGUGGGAUGCCUCAUGUACCUGAUGACCUGCACUCGACCUGACCUAGCCUACCCUCUUAGCAUCCUAGCAAGCUAUGACGCUCCUGGCCGUCACAGGAAGGAGCACAUGGAUGCUGCUAAGAGGGUGUUGCGCUACUUGUGCAGUACGUCAGGCAUGGGGCUCGUGCUUGGAGGGCGAGGUCCAGUUGUCCUCACUGGUCACGCUGACGCUUCUUGGGCAGACGACUUGUCUACGCAGCGGUCGUCGCAGGGUCACACCUUCAGCCUUGGCCCCGGCUCUGUUUCUUGGCGGUCUACCCGGUCGUCUUCUGUUCUCAGCUCCAGUUGUGAGGCUGAGAUCUACGCUGGGGCCAUGGCUGCACAGGAGUUACGUUGGCUCACCUACCUGCUGACUGACCUUGGAGAGCCGCCUCGUUCUCCUCCAGUGCUGUACGUCGACAACAAGGCCAUGAUUGCCUUGUGUUAG